AUGAAGGACCAGAGGAACCCGGUUGUCUGGAACGAGGACUGCGAGACAGCCUUCCAGGCCCUCAAGUCCUGCCUCUGCUCAUCGCCGGUGCUGCGGAGCCCCGACUUCGAACAGCGGUUCCUGGUCCAGACUGACGCUUCUGCCGUGGGACUAGGAGUGGUCCUGGCUCAAGGGGACCCUGGAGAAGAACGUCCUCCGUUCCAGUUCCAGAUCCGCCAUCGAGCUGGGAAGACCAAUGUCGUGGCAGACUACCUGUCCAGGUUGCCGCACAUCGUCAACCUCGGGGAGGAGGGGGAUAAUGUGACGGAGCGCCAGUGA